GUGAGGACGGGGUAUAUGAACCAGAGCGAAGCCUGCCUCUGUUCCCAGAGCAGCCACUGCGCCCAGUCCGCCAUGAAGCUCGCGGCCGCCUUCCUGGUGCUCUGUGUGGCUCUGCUGAGCCGUCCUGCUGCCACUUUCUUCGUGGACACAGUGGCCAAGCCUGUGGCCUCAGCUCUGACCGACCUCAAUCCUGCUGUGGAGGCUGGGGCAGAGGCCCUGGCCGGGGCAGGAGACCUGGCUGAGACAGCCGCUAUGGCUGGGGCCGGGGCCAUGGCCAACCCCUUUCUCCAAGGUUUCAAAGCCCUGAAGUUCAUCCUGACCAUCCUGGGGUUCCCAGUGAAACAGCUCAUGGAGGAUUCCAGGAAGCCUGUGGCUGAGCUGGGCCCUGAGGCCAUGGGGGCCGUGAAGUCUCUGCUGGGGGCCCUCACGUACCUUGGCUGAGUGGAGACUGGAGGAUCUCUGCCUGGGGAUGAGGUGCUGCCAUCUGCAGGCUGGGGAUGGCCGCCUAGCCCUGAUCAGCCAAGCCUUCCUUUCCCUACUCUCCCAAUAAACAUGGAUAGGAGCGGC